CAUCUGGUAAUACAUAUCAUUAGUAGGUAGCUCUAGCUAGCAAGGACGUCUCAUUUUACAUAUUACAUUAUAUUCUAGAUUUAAGGAGUUCGCAAUCAGGGUAAGAAAACGAAAAGACAGCGUUAAAGAAAUUACACACACACCUGGAUUUGAAUCCGGAUCCAGAAUUUGAAUCAGAGUCAAGUUUGGAAUCGAACAACCCCAUUAGCCAGCUUUGUUCUCAGUUAUUUACGGUGCUGUAUGGAAUGGAACCUACUACUUAUUAAAACUUGUGGAUCUUGGCUCAGCCUUGGAUUACACAGCAGCUCAAUAUUUUUGCAGGUUUUUUAAAGUGCCAUGGAUGACACAGUGAAGACCUUUCAGGCGCACCUGACCGCCGUUAUGGACAGCCUGGUCCGUGCCUCAGCCUGUGAGAUCACCAAACUUUUCGAGGACACAGUAAACGACUACCUGGUGGAGAUCUCGCUCAACAGAAAGGAGAACGAGGCUCUAAAGCUGCGCCUUCGACUCACAGAAAACAAGCUUAAAAAUGAACGGAAGUACGGCUUGGCCUGGGCUGCCAGUCGACGAGCUGCUGGUCUUCUCAGCUCAGACGAGACUGGAACUAAAAGGCGCAAACUGGAGCCCAGAGGCAAACAGGCCAAGGAGUGGAGCAGUGGUGUGUGGGAGGAGGGGGCUGGAGGAGCCGAGGAUGAGAGGAGGGACGUGAGUCGAGUGCAUCCACCAACCACAGGCGAGGCAGAGGAGCCGAAGGAGGAGAGGAGACGCGUCUCCGGGGAGAGGAAGGAGGUGGCCAGCGUUAAGGAGGAGCUCGAGUGUGAGCAGGAUGGAGGCUAUAGGAGCGAGUCAGUGAGGCUGCUGCAGGAGGCGCUACAGAUCAGUGAGAGCAGCUCAGCACAUGGAGAGCUGGAUGCUGUCUCUGCUGCUGCUUCUAGUUUAGCUGUGGGUGAAGUGUGGCACCAGCAGCCCACUCUCUCAGCAGAACCUACGAACAGUGCUGAUGAUCUCAGUGGGUUAGAGACUGCCCUAAAGACAGAGUGCGAGAGGGAGGAGGCCCAGACCAGCCACUCCCAUUCUGGAACUAGAGCUGAAGGCGUGGAAUUCAUCGGCCUGGAUGGUUUGUGUAGCUCUCAGCAAGGGUCCGCUUCCUUAAAUCGUGAAGCCGACCCUUCUGAACUACAUCUCACAUCAACCAGUGGGAGCCAGGGAGACGAGGAGGAGGUAGAGUCGGGUCCGGAGGUUGACCUCCUGCAUUACUGUACACAGUGCGGUGGUGGCUUUAACUCCGCCUCUGAUCUGGCUGAACAUGUUUGCUCAUUGGUAGAGGAACGUUUUCAGUGCCCGGCAUGCGGCCAAGCUUUUAGUCAUGCUUGGAACUUGAAAAGCCAUGAAUGUGUGCAGGCAGGUGAGCAGUCACACCGCUGUGAACUCUGCGGCAAAUGCUUUACACACUCACGCUCCCUUGAACGGCACCAGAUGGUGCACACGGGCCAGAGGCCACAUCGGUGCCCACAGUGUGGUCGCAGUUUCAGCCGCCUGGGCAACUUGGAGCGGCACCAGCGCAUUCACACUGGUGAGCGGCCAUAUGAGUGUGGAGCAUGCGGCAAACGAUUCAGUCGCAUCGAGUAUAUGAAGCGUCAUCAGCAAAUCCACAAUGGUGAAAAAGGAGAAGAAAAUCAGACACUCUGUGACACUGAGUUGGUAAAGCGCCAGCAGUGCUUUUCCAGCGCCUAAAAAACAGGGUAAUGAUGAAGUGAAUCCUUCAAAGAUCAGUAAUCACAAAUAUUCUUGCAUCCUCAAAUUUGAUAUUUUUUCUGUAUUAGACACUUUAGGGAUUGACACAAGUACUUGUGAUGACCAUAUAACACAUGCAUCUAUUUUAAUUUCUAAACCUUGUUAUAGUUGUUUUUUAUGCUGCAGUAUGUAACUCGAAAGGCGAAAUCUAAUUUUUCUGAUAAAUAGCUAAAGUCCAUCUCGCAACACAGGCUCACAAUAAAACACAGUCAGAUCCAGUUAUUGACACCCCUGUAAAGAUAAGCAAAAUAAUCUUAGAAACAAAUAGCAUAACGGAAAUUAAAUUUUAGUUAUAAAAUUUUUGAGCAAAAAGAAUGACUGUUCAACCUCCUGUUCAAACAGUACCAUAUGUUGCAAUCAUCUGCAAUUGUCUUUUGCCUUAAAAAUAGCAGAGGCUUUUAUUAUCGCUUUAUCCGGGUAAGGAACACAGUGGGUCUGGUUUCCAUUGCAAAAUUCUGGGCACAGGGCAGAAUACCCUGGACAGGACAGCAAUCCAUUGCAGGGAUGCAGGCCAUCCCCACAGACAUAGCCAAUUAUGUCUGUGUGGCUGCCCAGCUGGCUGGUAGCACAGCUAAGGUUGGUUCAAACCUGGAUCUGUUGGCUGUGAAAGCCAAAGAAGCCCACUAAACGUAUUUUUAAGUUCAUAGAAACAGUUAAAAUCAUUUGUUUUUGCUAUGACAUUGUCUUGAAAUUAGCAAUUAUAAGAUGAGUAAAUUGUGCACAUGGCCAGCAAAAAUCUGCAAUGCUUGACUGGUAUUAGAAAGUCAUUGAGAACAGUUGUAAAGAAUUUAGUCUCCAAUUACUCAAAAGUUACCUACUGCAGCUUUAAAUUUUAGUACCAAACAAGAAGAUGGUUUUUUUUUAGCAAUUGAAGGCAUAUUUUGGUUGAUUGUAAGGUCUUGAUUCAGAACAGUAGAGCAUUUAUCAAUGUUCUUUCUACAUAUGUGGAAGUAAAUGUGUUGUGCAAAUGA